AGAAAAUGUAAGUAAUUGCAUAAAAACAGUCUGAACUUAAAUACUUGCCUAUAUAUUCAUAUCUUUGUUGUUCAGUGCAGUAAUUCAUAAAAUGUUCUCAUCGCAACUCCGCACUGCAUUUAGCGUUGGCAAAAGUCAAUUACGCGCAAAUAAUGUGCGUCUGAUAAGUUCGUCAUUAAUCCAUAACGAAAUAUUUAAAGUUCAGAGUAUUGAGGAUUUUGACCAGAAAGUAAAGAAAAGUGAUAAACCGGUGAUUGUUGAUUUUUUUGCAACAUGGUGUAAUCCAUGCAAGAUGCUUACUCCUCGAAUUGAGUCCAUCGUUGGCGAAAAGGCUGGUGCUAUAAAACUAGCCAAGGUGGACAUAGAUGAGCAUAGCGAACUAGCUUUGGAUUAUGAUGUAGGGGCAGUGCCUGUGCUAAUGGUCAUGAAGAAAGGCAAAGUAAUCAACCGCAUGGUUGGCUUGCAAGACACAGACAAGUUGCGUGCAUGGAUAGAUCAGAACGUAACUGAUGUUAAGUAAACCAAAAAUUAUUGUCAUUUGUGAUACGUUUAAAAGUUCUGUUUACAAACAAAGCCUAAAACAUUUAAAAUAUAAUUGUAAAAUCUAAACGAACUAGUAAUACCAAUAAAAAGUUAUGUUAUGUUGAAAUUAAAAACUAAA